AUGCUCGAUGCGCGCGAGAUAUUUGAGCUGCGUCAGCUCUGCACCGCCGCCAGCAUGACGCAGGAGUCGCUCGGCAGCCUGCUCGACGCCUCCCUCUCGGUGCCCGUCCUCGUGCGCAGCGAGGCGGCGGCCAUGGCGGCUGCGAAGCGGGCGGGCCUGGGCAUGGAGGAGCGCGGCAAGCUGCGUGACGCGCUUCGGCGGCACAAGGAGGAGGUGCUCUCGGCGGAGGAGCCGAGGAUCGUCGAGAUUGACGAUGACGACGCCGAGGCGCACCACAUAGUCGCAGCGCAGCAGCAGCUCGCCGUGCUUCGGUCGGUCAAGCGGGCAGAGCAGGCGGAGGCGGCAAAGGGGGAGGAGGUGAUCCGCAACGGCGCGGUGUGCGACCGAUACCGCUGGACGCAGGAGCUGGGCGAGCUCACCUUCGCGCUCGAGCUGCCGCCCGGCACGGCAAAGCGGGACGUCGCCUGCCGCGUGACGAGCGGCACUGUGAGCUGCGGCGUGCGCGGCGAGGCGCCGCUGGUGAGCGGCGAGUUUUACGCGCGGGUGCGCGCCGACGAGGCGAUGUGGCAGCUGCAGGAUAACCACCGCCUCGUGGUGAGCGUGCCGAAGCUCGCGCUCGACCGGCUACAGUGGUGGCCUUGCUUGCUGCGCGGCGACUCCGAGAUCAGCACCGACACAUGCGAGGAAGGGCAGGCGAGCAACCUGCUGUACCGGACGGCGGAGCGGCGGCUGCACGUGCAGAAGGUGGAGCUGCCCGAGAGCAGCGACCCCGGCCGAAAGUACAACCCCAAGGAGGCGGAGGCCGCGUGGAAGGAGUUUUUUGCGAAGUUUCCAGACCUCAAGGCGUGGGAGCUCUCCUUCUCGCCAAAGACGCGCGCGGACGGCUCCGUCGAGAGCGUCGAGGACCAGCUGGUCGACACGCUCAGCAAGGCGAUGAGCAAGGACGAGGGAGGCUGGGAGAAGGCGGCCUGA